GGGCGGCCCGGGGCCAGCCCGCGGCGGCGGCGGGGCCCGGCCCAGCCCUACGUGAGGCGGCCCCGCCGCCGGGAGUCACGGGGAGGGCGGGCCGGUGCUAUGGAGCUGCCUGCCGUCAACCUCAAGGCCAUCAUUCUGGUACACUGGCUGCUCACGGUGUGGGGAUGCAUGAAUUACAUGUUUCCAGCCUCCUAUGCCUGGGGAAAUUUCAGUGUCCUUGCAGUGGGGAUCUGGGCCAUUGUGCAGCGAGAUUCCCUGGAUGCCAUCAUGAUGUUCCUGACUGGCCUGCUGCUCACAGUCCUCACAGACAUCAUUCACAUCUCUGUCUUCUACCCUCCAAACAACUAUCUCACUGAUGAGAAGCGUUUCAGUGCAGGCAUGGCCAUCUUCAGCCUCCUCCUCAAACCUGUGUCCUGCUAUUUGGUGUAUCGAAUGUAUCGGGAGCGUGGAGGAGAGUACACCUUUAACAUAGACCUGGAGUCCUCGUUUGACAGCCAUUAUGCUCACAAUGGUAUUGCCCGUGCAGGCCAUGAUCGCAGCACCUAUGAGCCAAUUGAUCAGCAGGAUCCCCCUCCACAGUGGCCUAACUCAAGCAAGACAGCACAGCAGCCAUACUGAUGGCCUGUCCGCAACAGAGAACAGAUGCUUCCCUCACCAUCUCCCAGCCUAGCAUUCCGCACUUCCCGUGUCUGCUCUGGUGGAGCAAGACCUGUUACUGACCAAACAGGAGACAAUCUGAUUUUAUAUUUCUUUGCCUCCCUGAAGAUUAGGCAGAUGGGUUCCUGCGGCAAGCCCAGAAGAUCUCGGAGAUGUCAUGUUAAACACUGUGACUCUUUGUAAUCCCGGUACUCUCCGUUUCUCCCUCUGUGUGAUGCACCUUCUACGGUCUUCCAAAUCUUGUCUUGUGCAUCCUCUCUAUUGUAAGGAUACUCAAAAUAUUCCCGGACGAGCUGUCUUUAAAAGGCUUAUGGGCUGCCUUUAAACAAUACAGUUUAGCCUGGUUUUAUGCAGAUACAUUUCCAGGAAACAUCUGGGAGUUCCUGAGGGCUGUUUUUGGUGGUGUUAGUUAACUAAGAUUUAUGACCAUAACUCCCUAUGUUAGCUGUGGUGGUUUGCACGAAGCUGGGGUUGGUAUAAAAUACUCUUACUGGGACAGGGAGCCGCUUAUGCUCCCAGUAUCUAUUCUUGGGUUUUAUUCACUGAUGCUUUUAUGCAAGUUGAAUGUCCUUCAGGAUACUUAAAAUGGCUGUUGAAUGUUGGUUGUACUCUGUGCCUUGAAAUGUCCUUUUUCUUUCAGCUGCCUAUCUUAACAGAACUUGAAAUGUUACAUUUUUCUAUGAAAACUAUAAAAUAAACACA